CAAUGAAUACAAGCAAUUGACUUGGCCCUGGUUUGGAGAAAACAAGAAUAGCUCGAUUAAGAAAAUUGCUACAUUUUCCUGCAAGCUAUGAGUCUCUGUUUUUCUUCUUCUUCCAAUUGUUAUCUAAUAAUAUUUGCAUAGGCAGUGUUUAUGAUCAUGGGUUUGAGAUUUUGAAGCAUAGAGUUGCCAAAAUUCACCAAAGUAAAACACAUGGAAACAUCAAAUUUUCCCACCAGCCACAGCCAAGAAAAUGGAGGAAUCUCUCAUCAGAUUAUCAGGAUCCCAGAAGAAGCAGAUCAAGAAUGGAUAACUUCAGUUGAAAAGAAGAUCCAAGAGAUUCCAAAGCUGUUGAGCAAAUCAGCAGGUGGAAGUUCCUGUUGCAUUUUUAGAGUUCCUCAAAGUCUAGUUGAAGUCAACACCAAAGCUUAUCAACCCCACAUAGUCUCCAUGGGACCUUACCACCAUGGAAGAGACAACCUUAACAUGAUUCAAGAACACAAGUGGAGAUUUCUUGGUGCUGUUCUUGCAAGAACACAAAAGCAUGGUGUUGGUCUCAGUGACUUGUUUAAAGCCAUAGCAUCAAUGGAGAAGAAGAUAAGAGAUUGCUAUUCUGAAACUAUUGAAUUCAGUAGCCAUGAUUUGAUUGAAAUGAUGGUGCUUGAUGGAUGUUUUGUGAUUGAACUUUUCUGCAUAGUUGGAAGGUUAGUUCAGAUUAAUCUUGAUGACCCAUUAUUCAAUAUGUCUUGGAUUUUGUAUUUUCUCAUGAGGGAUUUUCUCAGGCUAGAAAAUCAAAUUCCUUUCUUUGUUCUUCAGACAUUGUUUGGGCUAUCAUUUUCAGAUUCCAGGAAGGAAAACAUUCCCUCCUUGACAGAACUCACUCUGGGAUUCUUUGAUUAUGUGGUUCAGAGACCAAGUGAAGUCAUAGACAGCUGCAAAAAUCUGAAUGGGAAACAUUUGCUUGAUUUUUUUCGUUUAACUUUCGUCUCAAAAUUACAAGAUCAUCAAGUCCCACGAAAGAUUAGUCCAUUUCUUCAUUUGAUUCAAUCCGCUAACAAGCUUCAUCUUGCUGGAAUCAAAUUCAAGCCAAGGGAGACUGAAACCUUCUUAGACAUUAAAUUCAGUCGAGGAAUCCUCGAAAUACCUCCUUUAACAAUCGACGAUUUCACCAGCUCUUUCUUGCUGAAUUGUGUAGCAUAUGAGCAAUGUUGCAGCCAUUGUUCAAAGCAUAUUACAACAUAUGUUACAUUCAUGAGUUGUCUCAUCAACUCCCCUGUUGAUGCUGGGUACUUGAGUGAUCACAGAAUCAUUGAGAAUUACUUUGGAACUGAUAUGGAAGUUGCAAAAUUCUUUAAUAACAUUGGCAAGGACAUUGCUUUUGAUAUUCAAAGGAGUUAUCUGGCGAAAUUGUUUGAGGAUGUUAAUGAAUAUUACAGGAACAAUUGGCAUGUUAGAUGGGCAGGCUUCAAGUACACCUAUUUUAACACACCUUGGUCAUUCAUGUCUGCCUUAGCUGCACUUGUCCUCCUCAUCCUUACUAUCAUUCAGGCGUUCUUUGCGGUGUACGGUUAUGUUCAUCCUCUCGGCAAUGGGCAUUGAUCGUGUUGUUUAUGUUCAGUCCAAUAUUUUUGUGCAUAGAAGCUUGAUCCCUCAAGGAAAGACAUUGUAUAUACCACCAUGCUUCUUUUAAUGGACCAAUGUUUUUGUGAUUUUCUCAACUUUGAUGUUAUAAUAUGAAAGGCGUUCUUUGAUGUUGAUAUUA